UCACAGAACACCAGCGACAUGUAUUAUCACAAAUUCCUACUUAUAAAUGAUGCUCUUACCAAGGAGAAAAUGCUAGCCAAGCUGUCUGCUCCAGAAGACUCGGCGCGGGCUGCUUCACGGCCUCGAAACCGUUCUUUGAAAAAAACAGCAGCGGUGCAGGAUGACGAGCCGUCCCUGCUCGACGCAGGUCGGCGAGCUGCCUCCUUUGACACUAGCCAAGCGUCGGCUGUCAAGCCAUCACCAUCGUUACGGCCGGCUUCGUUCGACUCGCGAAUGUCGGCGUUCUCGCCGGUGGAUGUUCCGCGACUACUCGUCCAUUCACCGGCUUCUCCGUUGGCCGUCGAACCACCUCCUCACGCCACCGACAGUCGCCUGUUAACGGUGCCUUCUCCGGACUAUCGCAAGAUGUCUUGUGAUUCGCCUAAGGCAAGCGACUAUAUCACUAUGGGUCUCGCGCCGGCGAUACUUGGCCAGUUGACGGCGAUCGCUUCGACGAUGAUCACGCCAAGCACGGUGGAAGAAGUGAAGCCAUCGGUUCAGAGUAUGGACUGCACAUCUUCCCUUGAGCCUCUUACCUCUUCAUCCCUCGAUCUCCCUUUAUCCUCGGGCAUAUGUCAGGAACAGGUUCAGCUACCUCAGGCAUCGGCCGAGUUGCUCGCUCAAAUGCCGGCUAAGUCCGUAAUACAAGACGACAUCCGUAGCGGUAACGGACGGUUUCAGCUGGUUCGAAAACGUGGUCGAAGCGAAGUUUGGAAUCUGUUUGGGCAGGUGCUGGAUACACUUACAAACGUCCGUCUGCCCUAUGUUGCGUGUUAUGCCUGCAAGGUUCUGUACACGGACACUGGCGGCGGCACCGGCAACAUGACCAGACAUCGUUGUCCCAUAGGCCUUAGCUACCGUUCCAGCGCCCAUGGCUCUUCGACGGAAACCGUUGAGGCGGGACAGCAGUCCUCAUUCGAGUCAACCGUUUCUGGAAUGCAACGCAUCACUGAACCAAGACCUACGCUCUCCUUGACCAUCAACUCGGAAAGCAGCAGUUCUGCUCAGCUGAUUAGCCAGACUUCUGGCGAGGUCUCCAUCGGUGAUGUGGACCGCGAAGUGCUUACGGAUUCCAUAGUGAAGUGCUGUGCACUUGAUCUCAUUGACCCGGACAUUUUCACGGGUAAAGGAUUUCGCACUUUACUUGAUCGUAUGUGGCAACUGUCGAAACGUUCCGGCACUUCACCCCAUGACAUCUUCCCUGACACGCAGAUGUUGCAAUCUGCACUGCAAACGAACCUACGAUUUUGCAUGGAAGACCUGAAAAACGAGCUUUCGCGGACAUCACAGGGUGUCUGCUUGGCGAUCGAAUCGCUCUCUUACUGUGACAAGGAAUUCAAGGUAGUCCAUGGUUCCCGCAUCAGUCAUGACUGGAAGUGGCGCAGCAAUGUUCUCGGAGUCUUCAAAGCACGAGAAAAUCAAUCUUUGGCUGAAAUUGUGAAUGUCGUUGUACAUAACUACGAACUAGACAGAAAUCUGCUGCGAAUCACCUGCAGCAAAAGCGGUGAAGAAUUCGCACCAGCCAAAGCGUUUCCAGAUCUCAAGGAAAAAUUAAGAGAAGUGUUGCAUACAGUGCUGUCGUCUUGCUCUGUUCCCGUCCUCCAGACAAUACAGAUUGUAGAUCGGAUUAUGAAAGCGUUUGCUGAGUCGGACGUUCGACCACCAUUUCCGCUACGUUGCUGCGGCGAAGAUAUUUUCAACAUCUAUUCUCUCCUGAGAGAUUUCAACUAUCAUUAUCAUACUAUUGGCGAGAUUAUUCAGUCCAAGCUUCAGAUCCUACAACCCUGCUUCGCUAGUUUGAAUGCUGAUCAUCUUCGCGAACUGGAAGAGUUCUUAGGUCCCUUCCAAGAGACGUUCGAAUCACUAGCACAAGAGCAGCCAAACUUUCACAAAGUGUUGCCUGAGUGGUAUGCUCUUAUGCAUGAGUGUCAUCCAUCUUCUGAAGAGAUAUCACCACUUCUGAAGGAACUAAAAACGAAAGCGAGCGAACUUCUCGUACGUGAGCAGUCGACAACAAUUACCGUCGAGCAUCGGAUAGCUGCGAUACUCAAUCCCAGACAUAACAGGAAGCUGAGCUUGAUUUGCACUGAUCACGAAAGGUCACAAGCUUGUGAACGAAUACGUGCGUUGUGUGGAAUACGUACUCAACGGGAACCGCUUAGUCGCGACAGUUCGUUCGAGGGUGAGCCACAUCGAAAAAGGCGACUCUUUCUAAACUCAUUAGAAGAUGAUCCAGUUGGCGAUGACGAAUUAGAAUGCUACUUGAGGUCGCAAUAUCCGGCACAGCAAACAAGAGACGUUGUUUCAUUCUGGAGCACAGUCGGCCAAGCACAGUUCCCAUCCUUAGCUUCACUGGCACGGCGCAUCUUAUCAGUUCCAGCAUUAGCGCCAAAAACCAACUUCGAAGUCGAUGUUUGA